AUGAUUGAAGAAUCAAUACUAGAGGCAGAUAAGACAGGUGUUGAGGUUCUAAGCCUUGGGCUUCUAAACCAGGGGGAGGUUUUGAAUGAGAAUGGAGAGCUUUAUGUGCAAAGAAACCCAGACCUGAAAGUAAAGGUAGUUGAUGGGAGUAGCCUCGCCGCGGUGGUCGUGCUGAAUACCAUACCAGAAGGAACAACAAAGGUUCUUCUAAAUGGCAGGCUCUCCAAGGUUGCUUAUGCUAUUAUUCAUGUUCUAUGCCAAAGAGGAAUUCAGGUCGCCACCGUGACUAUGAAAGACUAUGAGAAGCUUAAAACAAGGCUAAUCAUCAACAACAACACUGAACAUGAACAUGAACAUCUGGUUUUCUCAUCAAGUUAUGCUCAAAAGAUAUGGUUAGUGGGAGAUGGUUUGAGUAAGGCAGAACAACUUAAGGCACCAAAGGGAACAGUUUUCAUUCCUUACUCGCAAUUCCCUCCGAAGAAAGUUCGUAAAGAUUGCUUCUACCACUCCACCCCAGCAAUGAUUGUUCCCAAAUCAUUAGAGAAUAUGGACUCUUGUGAGAAUUGGUUGGCAAGGAGGGUUAUGAGUGCUUGGCGUGUAGCAGGAAUAGUGCAUGCCUUAGAAGGAUGGGGAGUAAACGAGUGUGGCCAAGCAAUGUUGAAGGUUGAAGAAAUGUGGGAAGCAACUCUCCAGCAUGGGUUUCUUCCUUUGCAAAUUAUUCCACCUUAAUUAAUUUGUUGUAACAAGACCACCUACGUACACUUCGGUCCAGCUAGCUAUUUCUACUCUCUCCCCUUCAAUAAUAAUAAUAAUAAUAAUAAUAAACAUAUACAUACAUAUAUAUAUAUAUACAUACAGAAAUUCUCCUAUGUGAGAUGGGAAUGUAACGAGUAUAUCACCUAUUAUUUAAAUUGGGCUUCAUGUACAUUUUUUUAAAAUAAUUGAGAACAACAUCAUAUAAAUUUAGUCUUUGAACAUCUAAUAUGAGCCUAAACUCGAGCCGUCAAGCCCGUGCGCACAGAUAUCUCCCACUUAACGAUCGGGUAAUUAAGUUGAGUCAAAGACCAAUGUGUAGUGGCUCCGCAUACUUAUUUGUAUAUAGUGCACAUUUACUUUAUACACAUGGAUGUAUUUUUACAUUCAAAGGUAUUAUCCGCUUUAUAGUACCUCUACAAGUAUUCUUGUCAUAAAAAUCGUGAAAGAAGAGUUGGAAUGCCCAUAAAAAUAUCCUAUAAUUGACAAUAAUUUCGAUGCAAAAAAGGCAUCCACGGCAACUUUUGAAAUGCAAUAUAUCUCUUAAUUAAGUAGGUGGCAUAAGUCAUAAAGCUAGAUCUAUGCUUUGCUCUAAUGAAUUAAAAGUAAAGGAUGGAAGUUAGGUUGAUCAUGUACCCUAAGGGGACCUAACUUAAUUAAUUGUCUUUAAGUUUUUGUUUCAAGAAUAUUAACAAUAAUAACAUGCCGUCCCAACACUUCCAUUAAUUAAAAAACAAGUAUUAAAAGUGAAAUCCCAUAGAUAAAGAUACGUGUAACCCAUGAUAACUACUUAAUUUUUAUUUUACGUUCUCCUCCAACUAGCUAGCUACAUAAAAAUAAUUUAUUUUCUCCAUAAUUUGAA